UGGGAGGCUAUAUUAGAACAUUCAGGUUGAAGACAGGAGGAAAACUCGGUGGCAUCACAGAGGAGAUGCCCCUGUGAGCUGCACCUUUCUGCCUGCUCUCUUUCUGAUGUAUAAAGUUUUUUGUGUCUCUUUGAAGCGACACUUUGAAGAAGCCAGCAGGGGAAAAAGGCAUGAGUGAAGUGAGGAAGAAGAGGGUGUGCUCAGAGUGGCGCAGGGCUCGCUCGCGGGCAGCGGCUCGUAGCCGAAGGGAGCAGGAGACCCGGCUGUUCGGGGAGCUGGCGGAGGGGCUGCCUCUGUCCCCCGGCCUCAGCACACACCUGGACAAGGCCUCCAUCAUCAGACUCACACUCAGCUACCUGCGUCUGCGUGCCGUGCUGGACAGCCCCGACUGCGCAGCGGAGAUGACCCGUCCCUUCCUGCCACAGAGGAACGCAGCCGUGCGAGGGACUGAGUUUGGGGUGCUCUGUGAGGAGGACUUGCUGGAUUUGGCACUUGAGGGGUUCCUGCUCCUGCUGUCCCGAGGGGGUCAGGUGAUCUACACCACGGAGGCAGUCGGCACACACACUGGCAUCAGACAGAUGGAUCUGAUUGGUCAGAGCCUCUAUGACUUCAUGCAUCCGCGGGACCAGAAGGAGGUGAGAGAGAUCCUGUCCAGCAGAGCAGACGUAUCGGAACGCCAAGAGUGUGACCUUUUCUUUCGAAUGAGGUGCACUUUUCCCCCACAGGGGCGUCACUUCGGGGUGAAGUCCACCACCUGGAAGGUAAUGCACUGCAGGGGUGUGAGGAUGGCCUCAGUGCCCGCCAUGUCUGGCUGUCUGGUGCUGCUGUGCCAGGCUCUGCCCGCACCCCUACCCAGCGUCGGCGAUGCCAGUCUGAACCAGAGGGCCUUCCUGAGCCGGCACACCCCUGACAUGAGGUUCACCUACUGCCAGGCCAGAGUGUCGACGCUGACAGGCUACACAGAGAUGGAGCUGCUCGGCCGCUCUGUGUAUCAGUACUACCACGCUUUAGACUGCCCCCAAAUCCUAAAGGCGCAUCAAAACUUGCUGUCCAAGGGUCAGGUGUCCACAGGCAGGUACCGGCUGCUGGUGAAGCACGGGGGGUAUGUGUGGGUGGAGACGGUCGCCAUGGUGACGUACAACGGUCAGACUGGGCAGCCACAGAGCAUCGUCUGUGUCAACUACAUCCUGAGCGAUACGCAGCAGGCGGACCUGACGUUCUCGUUGGGGCAGACGGGGAGGCUGCUGAAGCCCUGCUCCUCCAGCCCUAGCACUGCCCCAUCCCUUCUGCUCCUGGGCCCCGCCCUGCUGGAUGAGGUCAGCCAGCUGGCUACGGCCCCUGCGCCACCCUCUGGCGGGACAUCUCCAGGGCAAAGCAGCCAAGGCUACGAGGGUCAUGCUGAGGUCACCGUAAAGGAGGAAGUCCUCUCCCCACUGCUUGAAGCAGAUGAGAGGUCCGAGGUCACUGGGACAGUGUCCGUGAUGGAGACUCUGCUGGAGUGGGGCAGUGAGGGACUCUCUCAGCCCAUGCCUCAGGCUCUCUCUGAGCAGGAUCUGGAGACUCUGGCCCCCUACAUCCCCAUGGAUGGGGAGGACUUCCUCCUCACUCCCUUCUCUGACAUGGCAGAGUUGGAGGAAGUAGAGAUGAGAGAGCAGGAGCGCCUCUAUGACUCCCUCCUCCUCUCGAACGCGGAGCUCCAGGGCUACGAAGGCCCUGCCUCCCCGUCCCCUCUCCUUGGCCACGCCAACACCUGGCCCCCGAGACCAGGCGUGGCACCACAGAGCCAGCCUGGACUCACCUCCUGCCGCACAGAGCUUCAGACGCUUGCGGUCACUGCGUCAGGACAGGGGGGCGGGGCGGGGCUUGACCGUGAAAAGUGGGCGGGGGAAGAGAAGUGGGAGUGCAGAGCAUUGAAGAGAUGGAGGAGGGACACCUCUCCCUCACCUGGAGAACAUCUGCAGUGUGGCUGUCACCCCUGGUCUCCGCAACAAAUGGCACCUCGCUGGAAGAAACCAAAACUAGAGACUGAUGAAACACAAUGUGACCCCUGCUGGUGGAGUUCUGGUGCUUCUGGGUACAGCUGUGGGCGGAGUCCGCUUGGCUCUGUGCCCUGGGCUCCACGCUACGCUGCAGUCUCCAUGACCCCUCGAACCCUGCCCUCCCUGUACAAUCCUGUAAAGACGCACCCCAUGAAAGACUCCCACAGGACGGUGUCGGUGUGUUCAGUCCUGCCUGUGUUGAGCCGAUGGGAGUGUGAGGUGAACGCUCCGCUCGGACCCACUUCCUGCCUGCUCCACGGCUCUGAGAUCCUCUCUGUCCUGGACCAGGCUGCCUCCACCCUCUCCCCGCUGGGAACAAUGGUACAUUCCAUGAUGGAACCUCUCCGGCCCACCCCACCACUCCCGCCCAGCCAAUCAUCACUGACACACCCUUUUGAGCCACUCCCACCUCACAAACACUACCACACCCAACCCUGUACCUGCUUAAGCCUAAAUUCACGCACUCAGUGCAAUCAAUCAUAGCGUAGCCUUGCGUUGGUGCUAAUGUAUCCAACACUGAACAUUAUUAAAUUGCAGGUAGAAGAGCACUGUACUUUCUUAGUAAUAUUGGCACCAUAUAGCACCAAACAGCACCCACAUAUAACUUAUCAAUUUAUAGUUGAGUAGGGCCACAAACACCCAGGGUUCUGGAAUUCCCUUUCCCUCUGUGUCAAACUCUAGAUGCAUAUAUCUGAUAUGAUCUCAUAAUACAGAAAAGACACUGGACAGCAAAAAAGCAGAAUAAACCAAAGAGAUACUUCUAUUUUACGGCAGAAUUUUAA